AUGAAUAUGAUACUUCCUUAUGUAGUUCUGCUAUUAACAUGUUUAGUGUCUGUGAACUGUAUUAUGUGGAAUCUGGAACCCAAUACACAGAAAUGUUUGAGAGAGGAGUUGCAGCAAAAUAUACCAGUUAUUGGGGAAUUUGAAGUCUCGGAUGCUCCUGGACAAACUGUUGAUUACGUGGUCACUGAUUCUAAGGGACACAUUCUAGCUAAAAGGCAGGGAAUAUCUAAAGGAAAAUUCUCCUUCAAUACGGAGAGUUAUGACACAUAUGAAAUAUGUUUCAGUUCACAUGUCCCUCAAAAUCAAAGAGGUAUAACACAAGAAAUAUCCCUGGUUACUAAGCAUGGUAUAGAAACCAAAAACUAUGAUACACUUGGAGAAGCUGCUCAACUGAAACCAAUUGAGAGGGAACUGAAAAAAUUGGAGGAUCUCUCAAAUGCAAUUGUACAUGAUUUUUCUAUCAUGAGAAAAAGGGAGGAGGAAAUGAGAGAUACAAAUGAAUCAACAAACAGCAGAGUAUUGUACUUCUCCAUCUUUUCAAUGUGCUGUCUAUUAGGUUUGGCAACAUGGCAAGUUCUUUAUUUGAGAACAUAUUUCAAGGCAAAAAAAUUGAUUGAAUAA